AUGUUUUUAUCAAUCAGAUACGGAUACUUAACAAACACCCGAGUAAAGUUUGUGGUAGUCCUCUCUGUUCCUGAUGCAGUAAUAAAAAACAGUGAUAUGAAAAAUAAAUCAAUUGUUAGUAAAAGAUUUGUUGGUGCUAUUGAUGCCAUUGGAAAAAUGGCCGGUGAUGAAGUUGGUAGCAGUAGUUCAUAA